GGUGAACGAUCGCAUUCGCUGAGCACUUGGCUGCGGCCGCGGCGAGGCUCUGCGCGCCCAGCCCUGCGUCCCGGGCAGGCUCGGACGCCGAAGCCCAGCGCGCAUCCCCAGGCGCACCCCAGCCUCGUCUGUCUUCUCGAGCUCUUCAUGCUGCCCAACUAAAAGGAAAACAUGGGCACGGGGGAUUUCAUCUGCAUCUCCAUGACUGGAGGGGCGCCCUGGGGGUUCCGACUGCAAGGUGGGAAGGAGCAGAGGCAGCCCUUGCAAGUCUCCAAGAUUCGAAGCCAGAGCAAAGCCUCCGGGUCUGGGCUCUGUGAAGGGGAUGAGGUGGUGUCUAUCAACGGCAACUCUUGUGCAGACCUAACCUACCCUGAAGUCAUCAAGCUCAUGGAGAGCAUAACAGACUCUCUCCAAAUACUCAUCAAAAGACCAUCCAGUGGAAUAAGAGAGGCUUUAAUCUCUGAAACUGAAAACAACAAUCAUGAACACCUCACACACGAGGAGUACGUGGAAAGUACCACCCUGCAGAUUCAACCAGCCACAAAGACCCAGUCCAGAGAGUUCUUCCUUGCCCCUGUCAAGAGCGGAGUUCCCUUAGCUGAAGACCAAAGAAGUAGUCCUGGCUGUGCAGGAAAUGUGAAAGAAGAAACAGGCCUGAGCUACCAGGGGGCUGCCCAGGUGCCUGACUCCCAAAGAGGACGGUCGGCAGCAGAGAUUAUCUUGAGGGAGAAGACAGAAGUGGGGCAGCCAGGCCCCGUGGUUGAGCUACAAUUGUCCCUUUCACAAGAAAGACACAAGAGUUCUGGUGGCCCAGUAGUGGCUCUCCUUGGAGCUGAAAAAUCUGAGUCUUCUGACCCAGACCCUAAUUUACAGCAAGAUGGAAUUGUCCACAGAAAUUCAGUCCCUGCUAGUAGGAAAGCAGACCCAUCUCUGAGAUCCAGCAAGAUAAUCCAGAUCUCCAGUGGGGGAGAGCUGAGAGGGGGCCAGGGCAGAGAAGCAGGAGAUGUGGGGCUGCCCCAGGUGGAAGUGAUCCUCGACUGCUCCGACAGGCAGAAGGCGGAAGGGUGCAGGCUUCAGGCAGGAAAGGGGUGUGUGGAUUCUCCAGUGGAAGGAGGGCAGUCAGAAGCACCUCCUUCUCUGGUAUCCUUUGCCGUCUCAUCAGAAGGCACAGAGCAGGGAGAAGAUCCACGCUCGGAAAAGGAUCACAGCAGACCUCACAAGCACAGAGCACGGCACGCACGGCUCAGGAGGAGUGAGAGCCUGUCAGAAAAGCAGGUGAAAGAAGCAAAAUCUAAAUGCAAAAGCAUUGCUCUCCUUCUGACAGAUGCCCCCAACCCCAACUCCAAGGGGGUGUUGAUGUUUAAGAAGCGCCGUCGGAGGGCCAGGAAAUAUACCCUAGUCAGCUACGGGACCGGUGAGCUUGAGCGUGAGGCAGACGAGGAGGAGGAAGGCGACAAGGAGGACACAUGUGAAGUCGCAUUUCUUGGCACAAGCGAAUCAGAGGUGGAUGAAGAGUUAUUGUCUGACACUGACGACAACACACACGUGGUGAACUUUGACUGGGAUUCUGGACUGGGGGACAUUGAAAAGAAACUGAACAGAGGGGACAAGAUGGAGAUGUUGCCAGACACCACAGGCAAGGGAGCCCUCAUGUUUGCCAAGAGGAGGGAGAGAAUGGAUCAGAUCACGGCCCAGAAAGAAGAGGAGAGGGUGGGUGGAAUGCCAGGCAGGGAACCAGAUGCUGCCCAGGUGGAUGGCCUGAGAACUGCCACGUCUUACCAAAGGAAGGAAGAAGAAUCGGUGAGAAUGCAGAGCUCUGUGAGCAAAAGCUACAUUGAGGUGAGCCAUGGCCGUGGCCACGUGCCCCAGCACAAUGGCUUCAGUGGGGUGUCGGAGACCGCAGAGGCCCAGAGGAUGAACCCGAUGAAUAGAACAGCCAGACCGUUCCCGGGCUCUGUGAACCAGCCGCCCACGCCCUUCUCCCCCACCCGAAGCGUGGCAAGUCCGAUCGCUGACUUUCCUGCGCCUCCACCUUAUUCUGCCAUCACUCCUCCACCGGACGCCUUCUCCAGAGGGGUCUCGAGUCCAGUCGCUGGGCCAGCACAGCCCCCUCCGUGGCCCCAGCCUGCCCCAUGGUCCCAGCCCGCCUUCUAUGAUUCAUCUGAGCGAAUAGCUUCCCGGGAUGAGAGGAUCGCUGUGCCAGCCAAAAGAACAGGGAUACUGCAGGAGGCCAAAAGGAGAAGCACCACGAAACCCAUGUUUACUUUCAAAGAGCCCAAAGUAAGCCCCAAUCCUGAACUCUUGUCACUUCUUCAGAAUUCAGAAGGCAAACGGGGUACUGGAGCUGGAGGCGAUUCCGGACCUGAAGAAGACUACCUCAGCUUGGGAGCAGAGGCUUGUAAUUUCAUGCAAAGCUCCUCUGCUAAACAGAAGACCCCUCCUCCCGUUGCUCCAAAGCCUGCAGUCAAGUCCACAGCCUCCCAACCAGUAACUCCAGUUUCUCCAGUCUGGUCUCCAGGAGCAGCUCCAACCCAACCUCCUGCCUUCCCGGUGUCCAACCCAUCACAGGGCACCGUUGUCUCCUCCAUCAAAAUAGCCCAGCCUUCUUACCCUGCUGCCCGGCCCGCGAGUGCUCUGAACAUGGCUGGUCCCUUCAGAGGGCAGCAAGCAGCAGUAGCCAGUCAGAAUUACAUGCCCAAGCCACCAGCUCCUACACCCAUAGUCAACGCUGCACCUGCCAGUGCAGUGGGACCAUCCAAUGAGCUUCCUGGCAUGAGUGGGAAAGGAGCUCAACUCUUUGCUAAAAGGCAGUCGAGAAUGGAAAAGUACGUGGUGGAUUCAGACACAGUGCAGGCCCAUACUCGAGCUCAGUCUCCCACACCAUCUCUCCCAGCCAGUUGGAAGUACUCCUCCAAUGUGCGAGCGCCUCCUCCCAUGGCCUAUAAUCCUAUCCACUCCCCCUCCUACCCGCUGGCUGCCCUCAAGUCUCAGCCAUCAGCUCCACAGGCCUCCAAAACAAGCAAGAAAAAGGGAAAGAAACCACUCAAUGCUUUGGAUGUGAUGAAGCAUCAACCUUAUCAGCUCAACGCAUCCUUGUUUACUUUCCAACCUCCAGAUGCAAAGGAUGGCCUCCCCGCAAAGUCAUCAGUCAAAGUCAAUUCAGCCCCAGUCAUUAAGCAUGCUCUUCCGCCCCGGGCGGUCAAUGCUAGCUCACCCACAAGUGUGCAGGCAUCAUCGGUGUACUCGGUGCCAGCCUAUACCUCUCAGCCUGCUUUCUUUGCAGAGGCCACCUCACCAGUCAGUGCAUCCCCAGUGCCCGUGGGCGUUCCCAGCUCUCCAAAGCAAGAAUCAGCCUCAUCAUCCUACUUUGUGGCACCGAGGCCGAAGUUCUCAGCCAAGAAAAGUGGUGUCACAGUGCAGGAGAGUGGGCGUUCCCUUUCUCUUCCUGGAAGAUCACUUCCGCCCGCCAUUUCUACAACAUCUCCUUGGGCAUACCAGCCUGCGUACAGUCACUUUAGCAAACCAUCGGAUGGGCUAGAGAGGGCAAACAAGAGACCCUCUCCGUGGGAAGCUGCAGCAAAGUCUCCUCUGGGUCUAGUGGAUGAUGCGUUCAGACCCAGAAACAUUCAGGAAUCCAUCGUAGCAAAUGUGGUCUCAGCAGCUCGGAGGAAGGUGUUUCCAGGACCCCCAGAGGAUUGGAAUGAGAGACUGUCUUAUGUUCCUCAAACCCAGAGGGUCUACAUGGGCUCAUCUGGAAGGCGAGAAUAUAACGUCACAUCCCUAGCGGAUAAUAUGUCUGCUAACUCCCAGUAUGGUUCACAGUUACCAGGUGCAUAUUAUAGGCAAGCCUCCAGAAAUGAUUCUGAAAUAAUGUCCCUAGAAACCAGGUCUAAUUAUUCUCUUCCAGUAGGUGAUUGCAACUAUAACCCACACCCAAGAGGAUGGAGCCGCCAAACAUGAAAGUUACAAGAACUGAUUAUGUUCCUACUAUGAUUUUUGUAAAGAUGUUUCUUCAUAGGGUUUUUUAUUUUCCUAAUAGAUUUAGAUUCACUUUUGAUACUAGCUUCAUCUCAUAGGUCAUUUAUCUGAGUUUGUAGAUGUAUGUAUGUGCACACAUAAAUGUGAAUCACUUCCUUAUCUGCUGAUGCAUAGAGAAUUUCUUUGAAGAAAAAAUUCAUUUUCAGCAUUCAUGUGCUGGCACUUAAAUGUAAUUUACAAUCUUAAUUUCAUUAAUUAGUCUAUGCAACUAAACUCUACUUGAUUAGAAUGAAAGUAAAUAUUUUCUUCUAUGUACCCGAGUCCAGGAAGGAAUUAAUAGAAUGUGGUGUACUAAUUGUCAUUGGCUGUGAUCACCAGGAAUAUAAUAUUGGAGAUAUUUUCAAAGGGAGCAUGAGAGUGAGUAAUAACUCUAUAAAAGGAUUUCCUUGGUUUUAUAUUAAGAAUUUCUCUGAAACAUUUGUCUUAAAAUCUAGUAAAAUUCAGAUUUGGGGCAGGAAGGAUUAAAACACAGCAGUUCUCAGAAAGAAAGGAAUAUAUUAGUAAGAUUAUUAUACAUUUCAGAAAGACUUUCAA